CUUUUCCCCCUCCCUCCAGACGUGGCCUUCCUGUCCUUCUUCUUCAAGCACCUGGAGCGGAACCGGAGCGGGCGCUACGAGCUGGAAUUCCCGUUCCUUUCGCGCUGCGGGCGGGAGCGAAACUUCCUGCGCUGCGAGGACCGGCCCGUGGUGUUCACGGAGCUCCUGCCGGGCCCCGCCGGCCGUUCCCAGCUCUCCUGGUGCGGGGCCGGCCCCGCCCUGGCCGUGCCGUUCCGGCCCGAGGGGCUGGCGGUGCUGCCGCGGAACGGGCGGCUCUACCACCCGGCCCCGCCGCGCGUGGGGGGCGUGGGGCUGGUGCGCUCCGCGCUGGCCGCCGAGUGGAGCCCCCGCUUCACCUACGGGGACGGGCCCGAGCGGCCCCCCACGCACUUCGAGUGGGGAGGGAAGAGACACCGGCUGAGCGGGGAGAUCCUCCCGCUGCUCCAGCAGGGAACGGGGCAGGGAAUGCAGGGAUGUGACGGGAAAGAGGGAGCUGCUCCCGCUGCUCCAGCCGGGAAUGCAGGGAUGUGA